AUGGACAACGACUCGGACAGCUAUCCGGCCCCCUAUGGGCGUGCCUGUUCCAACUGUUCGCAGUCCAAGUGCAAGUGCAUCUACUCCAAAUCGGGAGGACGAUGUCAAAGAUGUCGGCGCUUGAAUAAGGAGUGCCGCCAGCCAGCGGUCCAUCGCAGGCAGUCUACACGCAAACAGCCCGGUUCAAAGGCUGCUCGACUGGAAGAAAAACUGGAGGAUCUUGUCUCGCUGCUGCGAGCCGGUGUACAACCACCGGGCGCAAAUCCGAUCAAUCUCUUGCUAGGACAGUUCGGUCAGCCAGGGGACCUCCCGGCCUCGCAGACUGCCCUCUCGCCGCCAGACUCGCUGGAUGCUGCUCUCGGAAACGCCGCGCGCAAUGUGUAUGCCGUUCCAUCAAGCUCAUCUGAUGCGAAUACUCCGGAUGUCGGUGGGCAUACUGCGGUUAUGCCAUUCAGUUCGCCCUCUGAGCCCACCGUUCUUCAAGCUGAAGAAUACCUGACCAUGUUCCAAAACCAGCUGCUGCCAUAUUUCCCCUGUGUAUAUAUCCAACCGGGGAUAUCCGCGCAGCAGCUGCGCCGUGACCGGCCUUUCACUUGGCUGUGUAUCAUGGCUGUUACUUGUAGGUCAGCAGUGCAACGCCGCGCUCUGUACCAAAAGAUAAAAGAUAUCACCGCACAGCAAAUGGUGCAUAAUUCCUUGAACACUGACAUUGAUAUUCUUCUGGGUCUACUCAUCUACCUUGGAUGGUCGAAUCAGCAAGUAUACAACAAGGCCAACAUACACGUCUUUACUCAACUCACCACGGCGGCAGUAUAUGAGCUCGGCAUCCAAAAUCCCUCUGCAAGGCCUAGGAUGAUGGCGUUGUGCGUUCAUCACGAGGGCGAGGACGAGCCAGCGACAUCACAAGGGGGUCAAACGAUGGAGGAGCGGAGAGCAGUGGUGGCGUGCUUUCUUGUAACAUCAAUUAUCUCAUCAUUCAUCCGCAAAACCGACCCCCUUCGUUGGACGCCAUUCAUGGACGAGUGCCUUCAGGUUUUGGAGGAGCAGCAGGAAUGCCUCAACGACGAGAUCCUAGUGCAUCAGGUACGACUGCAGAUGAUAACUGACAAACUAGACCUUGGCCCAUACCAUGGGGGCCUUGCAUCUACUCCAGAUCCAAUCCAAGCACCGCCCUCCUUCUACCUCCACUCAAUGCACGCCCGAUUGCGCAAGAUCCAGCCCAGCAUGCCACCAAACUCGUUGGGAUAUAAAAUUGUUCUCCUCCACCAUCAUUAUACUUCAUUAACCCUCCAUGAGUCCGCCCUUAGCAAUGCUAGCAUAAUGUCGAAGAAUCUUAAUUUCCAGCAACUGGAGUACCUUUAUGGCUGCUUGGAGGCCACCAAGUCAUGGUUCAAUCUUUUUCUAACCAUCCCACCCGCUGAAUAUACCGGGUUUCCUUUCUCCAUCUUUGCGCAAAUGGUGCAUAACCUCGUGGUUCUCUAUCAAUUGUCCGUUUUUGAGGAUCCUGCAUGGGAUGUUAAUACCGUUCGACAGUCAGCCAACGUUCUGUCCAUCCUCAGCACUGUGAUCGAAAGUAUGAGCCAAGUGGCGUCUCUAGCUGGCUUGGAGGGAGAGUCCGACAGCGACAUCUUCUCACGGGUUGCAAAGAUGUACCAAUCCGUGCUGAUGGGCUGGGAGGAAAAGAUGGGACCCGAGAGUCUCCCGCUCUCAAGCAUGCAGUCGACACAGUCUCUCCCCGAACCACUGGAUAGCAUGCCGUUCAAUUUCCCAAUGGUGGGCGACAAUGACUGGUUGUCUGACAUGCUGAACUCUAUCACCCAGUCCAACUGA